AAAAGGUCAAGGUCACACGGACCUGAGAUGUGGCGAGACCGUAGCUCCUCAACAAGGCCAAGGCGUUCUUGGAAUAAGCCAGACCAUUUUGUAGCAUUUCGAAUAACAAAUACAAAGAUAUUGAAAGAGAUGGAAGAAACACAAAAGUCCAUGGCGUCGAAGAAACCUUCCAUCAUUAAUGCCAUGACAUCUGUGCACAAAGCUCACAUCACAUUGAUGGUUAUGAGUUUGACCAGCGACCAUGAAAAACAGAGAGCAAAGGAUGCAUUACAUUUCUGUGCAUCAAGACUACAAUCAGGGUGCAGGAACAAGCCAAUAGUGUUAGACAUUGCAGAGAUGGGGAACUUCAACAAUAGAGUGGUAUUUGCUAAAAUACAUGCUGCAGAUGAAACCCCCGAGGACAUUCUCCAACAUGUUCAUGGUGUUGUGCAGGAUUCCUUUGGAGAGUAUGGUAUUUAUACCACAGAUUCAAGGCCUGACUUCAAUCCACAUCUGACCAUCGGUAAAGGUGAGCAUAUGGAACGCUCUCUUUAUGAGGACAGGGUUGAUAAUUUCUUUGGACGUGAGGUGGUCACUAGUGUCCAGCUGUGCGCCAUGGAAAUGACUGGUGAUAAAUGCUAUUAUAAAGUGCUGCACCAAGUCCAGUUUGUUUCAGAUCCACACGCUUUGUUUACGUCCUCCACUGACAAGAAAUAGUCAGCGACAGAACCUGCUGAUGUAGCAGGAGAGGAUAGCGUGGACCUCGAUUUGGUUGGAAAAGGGAUGAACAAGUUGAGUUGUCAACCAAAUAAGUGAACAGGAGACUAGGAGAUCAGGACUGUUGCCUUAUAUUUUUUGAAAAAAGUGAUAUUGUUGAAUAUUUCUAUAUCCUCGAUGUUGAUGUAAGCUAUAAUACAAUAAGAAUUAGUACCUUAGGAAUCCCUAGUUAGGUGAGAAAUGUUCUACCCGACAACUGAAUCCGGGGAACUAACUUAGAUCAUGUGCCAACUGUUUUGACUCGAGGGCUAGACCAAAUUGUCCAGCACUGUCAAAAAUGCAGAUACACAAUAUACCUGUACGGUAGGCAAGAAAACAUCCAUUGGUGCUAUAUCUUUUUUAAUAAUUGUUUUUAUUAUUAUUCCAUGUGGUUUGUACAAUUUGAUAAAUAUCACACUUCGGUGAUUCCCAGUUUUUAUUAAUAACAAAAGGUAUAGUUAUAAAUAUAUAAGAUGAACCUAAGAUACACUAAUGACACUGCAUCAUUACACUGUCAGUUACACUAGUCUACUAAAGCAUACUUACACUGCAUCAUGCCACUGUAAGUUACACUAGACUACUAAAGCAUACUUACACUGCAUCAUACCACUGUAGGUUACACUAGUCUACUAAAGCAUACUUAUACUGUACCAUACCACUGUAGGUUACACUAGUCUACUAAAGCAUACUUACACUGCAUCAUACCACUGUAAGUUACACUAGACUACUAAAGCAUACUUAUACUGCAUCAUAUCACUGUCAGUUAUACUAGUCUACUAAAGCAGACUUAUACUGCAUCAUACCACUGUAGGUUACACUAGUCUACUAAAGCAUACUUAGACUGCAUCAUACCACUGUCAGUUACACUAUUCUACUAGAGCAUACUUACACUGCAUCAUACCACUGUAGGUUACCCGAGUCUACUAGAGCAUACUUAAACUGCAUCAUACCACUGUAAGUUACACUAGUCUACUAAAGCAUACUUAGACUGCAUCAUACCACUGUCAGUUACAAUAGUCUACUAGAGCAUACUUACACUGCAUCAUACCACUGUCAGUUACACUAGUCUACUAAAGCAUACUUACACUGCAUCAUAUCACUGUCAGUUACACUAGUCUACUAAAGCCUACUUACACUGCAUCAUACCACUGUCAGUUACACUAGUCUACUAGAGCAUACUUACACUGCACCAUACCACUGUAAAGUUACACUGGUCUACUAAAGCAUACUUACACUGCAUCAUACCACACUGUAAGUUACCCUAGUCUACUAGAGCCUACUUACACUGCAUCAUACCACUGUCAGUUACACUAGUCUACUAAAGCAUACUUACACUGCAUCAUAUCACUGUCAGUUACACUAGUCUACUAAAGCAUACUUACACUGCAUCAUUCCACUGUAAGUUACACUAGUCUACUAAAGCAUGCUUACACUGCAUCAUAUCACUGUCAGUUACACUAGUCUACUAAAGCAUACUUACACUGCAUCAUUCCACUGUAAGUUACACUAGUCUACUAAAGCAUGCUUACACUGCAUCAUAUCACUGUCAGUUACACUAGUCUACUAAAGCCUACUUACACUGCAUCAUACCACUAUCAGUUACAC